GCCGGCUAAAAUUGCGGGUGCUCAUAAAGUUGUUAAAUAUUGAUAAGUUGGUGACAUUGUGUAAUCUUAGUUGACGACUUUCUGGUUGCCAAACUAUGAUAAGGACUUGUGACUUGUUUUAGAAUAGCAUUCAUUCCCUGUACCUUCUUUCUAUGGUGGAAGGAGGUGUUCCUCCAUAACAUCGCCGGGUAGUUUUCUGCUGGUGGUUAGUUGUGACCAUUUAGGAACAUGGCAGCAGGCAGCUCAUACAGCAUUGUAGAAUAUUUUGGUGGAGAUGAUGGAUAUCGCUGUGGCUAUUGUAAAAACGAAAAGGGCAACUUCUCGCAUGGGAUGUGGUCCCAUACUAUGACAGUUCAGGACUACCAAGACCUGAUUGAUCGAGGAUGGCGACGGAGUGGGAAGUACGUGUACAAGCCCAUCAUGAACAAGACGUGCUGUCCACAGUACACCAUCAGGUGUCAUGUCUUGAAGUUCCAGCCAUCCAAAAGCCACAAGAAGAACCUGAAGAAGAUGAACAAGUUCCUGUCUGUGGGAGAGAUUCCUGAAGGCCAGUGUGACGGAGAGCCCAUGGACUCCGCGUGUCAGGAGAGGGGGCCAGAGCAAGACCCCUCACAGCUGAGUGCCUCUGAGGUGGAAGGUCCCAUCAUUGCCCCUACCCCUGAGAAGGAAGCCGAAACCAACAGUGCCGCCCCGGAGCCCCCCAGGCAGGAGUCUGCUCCUCCCGCCAACGCCAAGGCCUCCCACUCUACCCCCGCACCAGGUGUGGGAGCGGAUCCCAACAGGCCUCUGUGUCGGAAGGCCAAGGACCUCCGCAAGGAGAGGCGCCUGCAGAAGGAGCAGAGACGACAGCAGGAGGUCGAGGUCCCCACGCCCUCUGCUCCCACACCCACCACACCCACCACGUCCAAUCAGCCCAAGUCCCUGGAGGACUUUCUGUCUGACACGUCCCCAGACUCCCCUUUGCACCGCCUGGAGGUGAGGCUAGUGCGCUCCAAUCCCCCCAGUUCAGAGUUCAAAAGCUCUUUCGACGCCUCUUACCAGUUGUACAAACUCUACCAGAUGGCCGUUCACAAGGAUCCUCCAGACAAGCCCACCGAGAGCCAGGUCAGGGGUCAAGGGUAUAGAAGAUUUCUCUGCGAUUCCCCCCUGGAGGCGGAGAUGUCUGCUGAGGGGCCGGAGGUGGGCUACGGCUCCUUCCACCAGCAGUACUGGCUGGAUGGGCGGCUCAUCGCGGUGGGGGUGAUCGACAUCCUGCCCUCCUGUGUGUCCUCCGUCUACCUGUACUACCACCCCGACUUCUCCAACCUCUCACUGGGAGUCUACUCUGCACUCAGGGAGAUCGCCUUCAUCAGGCAGUUGCAGAAGCAGUCCCCUAAGCUGUGUCACUACUACCUGGGCUUCUACAUCCACUCCUGUCCAAAGAUGCGCUACAAAGGUCAGUACCUGCCUUCGGACCUCCUGUGCCCAGAGACGUUCACGUGGGUGCCCAUAGAGCAGUGCGUGCCACGCCUCGACGCCUCGGCCUACGCCCGCCUCACCCAGGACGGCCAAGCAGUUGAUGCUCGUGCCCUGAGGGAGCUGGGUCGGGCGCUGGUGUUGUACCGCCGGACCGUCAUGCCAUACGCCGCCUACGCCCGAAAGCGCAAGGGCUCCAGCGACGAGCAGGAGGUGGAGCAGUACGCCCAGCUGAUUGGCCAGCCCUGCGCCGAGAGGAUCCUGCUCUACCGGGCCUAGACCGGGCCGGGACCACCCUCACCCAAUCACACCACCCCCUAGUCACACACUCAUCAUAACAUGCUUCACAUCUGCUCAAGCCUCCCCACACACCCCACACUUGGUACCGUGUGUCUCUGUUCACCUCCCGUUCUCUCCUCACCUCUUCAGCACACAACCGCUGAUGUUGCUCCAGAGACCUCCUCAGUCUCCUCCAGCCCCCCUUCACCGCACCCUCCCACUAUAGCUCUACCCUCUUGCAUGUCCUUCACACCUCCAUGCACCACCACCACCACCACCUCUAAACCUCCUCUCAGACUGGCACCAACUCUUGAAAUGUACCUGCCAAUGAUCUGGGCCAGAUCAGGGCCACUGCUGUGCCAGAGUCGUCUCCUCUUCAUAUAUCCCCCCUGCCAGCUUCUCUGCAUGUCUGUGGAGGGCCUCCCCUUCUGGCCCACUUAAAGCUUUACCCACCUCCUCACCUGUCCUCACACCCCUUCUCAUGUAGAUCUCAAUAACCAGGGUCACCCCGACCUCGCCCGCACACAGAGCUGCUCUCGACAGCCCAUAACACAGCCCUGCACCGUGGUUCUUAUCGCCACUGUCCCUGACGGCAUCAUUAAAACUCACCGCAACAGCCUGUGUUUGGGGGAGGGUUUGCUCCUGUUAUUGUGAGGGUAUGUUCCGGUGUUGGCACUCCCAGUUCCUGGUGCGGUCGGAGCAGACUGGGUUAUUCUUAGGGCUAGUUAUGUCAGCAUUACCCUGUUAAUUGGGUCUGACUAGUCUUACUCUCCAUCUGUCUGUCUGUGUUGUUUUACAAAUGUGCACAUCUAUCUGUCUCUGUUUGUGUUGGUCUUUCUGUCCGGCUUCCUGUUUGUCUGGCUUAUCUGUCUGCCUGCCUUUCUGUCUUUCUGGCUUUCCCUCUGUGUGCAUGUUUUUCCGUCUUCUGUCUGUUUCUUUUUUUGAUGGUUCACUCGUAUCCUCUUACCACUAUGUAGCCCAGUGCAAUAGCCACUCUAUUAGCAUCUGUUGCGCUUGCUUGCCGGCUCAUUCACAAGCCAGGUUUGCCACCACUUCUGCUGAUCACAAAUGCCAGUGACUCUCCCAUCACUUAUGAGGCUUCUGCUCUGUUACUAUUCCAUCCUCCUCCUCCUCUUCCUCCUCUGUCUUUCUGUGAUCAAACUCCAACUGGUUGAUUGCAGCUGAACUCAAGAGCUGUGAAAGAUCCUGGCAUUAUUCAUGUUUGUGAGUGUUUCUCAGGCAUAUAAUCCCCAGAUCAGAUCGGACCACACACACACACUCAUUGCAGAUCAGAUCCUUGCUGGAAGCAAGUGCCUCAAAGAUGCUUGUGUGCGUGUGUUUGCACAAGCAAGAAGUGUGUGUUUGUAGAAGUGCGUCAGAGCCUGUCAGGUGUAUGAGCUGCAAUAAGCUAAGUUUGGCUGUCCCUGCCGUUCCUUUUUGGCAAGACUGACAAAGGAUUAGCGAGCAGCCAAUGAAUCAUCAGCUGUGGGUCACCAUCACCUGAUCUAGGGUCAGACGCGGGUCAGUAAGAGAGUGGUAGUGAAGAAUGACUGAUACUACAGCCCACCCACUCAGCACUGGCACUGGGACUCCUGUGGCCUAGAACACCCUGCCUCCAUAGGCCACCAAAACAGAAGAUAAUAAAACUGAGAGAUAAACUGUGGAGUGUGUAAGGUAGUGUUUUUUUUUCUAUGUAUUUGAUGGCUGAAGCAGCUGAAGCUUCACUAAUCUCAGAAUCCGAUUACAGAAUCCAAACAGAGCGUAGGAAAUACAGUACUGAUAUGAAUAGAACGAGACUGGAAACCUGCACUGUGUUGCUAGCUCAGCUAAAAACUUGCAGGUGGGAGUUAAAGACCCUGCAUUACAGAUCACAGCAAAUCUGCUUCCAUCAUUGCUUAUCUGCUGAGUAGUGUCCAUCCGCUUUCACUUACCAUUGCAAAAUCACAGAUUUCAGGUGAUCAUGAGGUAGACGUUAACCAAUCCUUUAGUCUAAACCAAAUGCUGAGCUGAAAUGUCAAGCAAACAUCUUGGGCAUAACCUGUACUCUGUUUUGAAUGAUGAUUAAACAGAGCAGGAAUAUUACUUCUAUAGCCAGUCGUACUUCGAAACCAAAGUAGAUCAAUGCUCCACUGACCUUCUUUCAGUUUAGACGCUCUCCUCCAUGCUACCCAGAUGGCAGCAGACCGUAUGGUUUCCAGCCUGGCGCUGAUCCGUCACAUUCACACAGGGUCGGGAUCCGUACCACAGUCGGGUACUAUUUGGGUCAGAGUCUGGCGACUCGCUUCCCUGUGCCCCCUCACACUCAUGUCCAGUUCUAUACAUAUCAGCAGCCUGUCAGCCCAGCAGAGGUGGCAGCGUCUGGAGGCAAAUAUCCCCUCUUAUCCCAUUAAGGAUUGUCUUCUUGAUACAGCUGUGGCGAGAGGACCUAAAUAAUAACACAGCCCCACAAACUGGCAUUUCUGUGAAACAAAACUCUGCUUUGUCCUUUGCUGCUUUGAUUGUUUUGUUUUGUUUUGCUUGAGUUGGGUUUUUUUUUUCUCUCUUCCUGUCUCAAAUGUAUAGCUUAAGUGCAUCUCUUUUAAUAUUAUUAUGAUAAUUAUUCUUUUGUUGCAAAAACAAAUAAAAAAUACUCUUUUAAAAA